ACUGACUGGCAUGACUCGGCCCGCCAGUCUUGGUAUGUGUGUUUACUUCUAACGCCGACGAUCUUGAUAAGAGAUCACUUCUACAAGAAACAAAUGAUCACUGUGCACCCAUGAAAACAAUAUGUGCAUGUAUAUGCAAAAUGGCAGCUAUGACUGUACUGGCCCCAUCAUAAUGUGUGUGUUAUGAAUGGCAGUUACAGUACCGGAUGUCCGACACGAUGCCAGGCCCGUGUGGGUACAGAGACGGCGUCAGAAAUGGAAGGAAGUGUGAUGGACAGUGUUCCGACACUGAGGACGGUGGCGAGAACUGCUGGUACGCGCUGUGGUACUUAUGGUUCAUCCUGGUCUUAUUCUUCAUCGGAGUCAGCGUGUUGGUGAUGUUCUACUGUAAAGUGCGGGCCAAGAACAGAGUCACGUCUAUGAGCGGCGGAAGACGUAAUAACGCCAUGGUGGUACCCGUCCAGCCUCCGCCCUACAGCCUCAACGAUCCCGGGUGUCCCCCUCCGUCCUACAAUACUGCCAUGGCAACGCAGUCAUUACCCCCGGGAUAUGUAGGAGAGCCACCCAGAAAUCAAACACGUCCCCCGUCAUCCAUGUCUAUACUGUCCAACCCGCCCCCCUACUCGCCUCCACGGAGAUGACUGGUGGGAACCAGCUUUAACAGACCAACCAACAAAAGUAUUACCUUCAACAAUCGUCCUGGCUGUGCCUGUGUAAACCAGUACCAUGUCCUAGUUGCGCUACAUUGUGUAGCGUAAGCUGGGCCCCGUCUCUUAUAUCACAAUAUAAGUUGGCAACUCGCAUAGGGAGCCGGGAACCAGCUUAUGUGUAGUUUUGCUUGCGUAGCGCAAUUAGGGCAUUGUACCAGUCUACCGUCAGAUGGCGCCUCCACAGAGGAGUCCUCACACUGACUAGUGUUGAGUAUUUGUAAAUAAACUGUUCACAUGAGCUUGAAGAACUGAUGAAGUGAGCUCGAACAAUUUGUAAUACGAGUGUUACCGACACUAAACACCAAUAUGUGAAUGUAACUGUGAACAUUUUACUGUGAUCAUGUAUAUAAAUAUAGGAAUGUUUAUUAACGAACUUUCAGAAUUCAGAGUUGAGUCUUACCCAACCUAAAAUAUAUUUUCAAAUUGUUAUCUGAGCACCAUAUAAUAACAAGAGAUAUGAACUGAAGCUCACCUUUUAAAAAAGUUUGAUACAAAUGUUUUAUUAUUUUUUUAAUAUAACAUUUAUUUGGUUGAACAGUUUGCAAAUUAAUGAAUAGAUAUUUUUCAUGAGGUGUAAAUUUUAGGGGCCAGCUAUUUG